AUGAACUCUUUCAGCACGUUCUUUGUACUCAGCGUGACUGCUGCAGCUUUCUGUGCACCCGUCACUAAAACUGCAGUAGAUGAUCGAAGUUUUGCCGAGGGCUACCUGAAGAAAUUCUUCAACCUCACGGAUGAGAGAGGCCCAUCAACUAGACGAGGAGGAAUCAGCCCCAUGACGAAGAAGCUCACUGAGAUGCAGAGCUUCUUUGGGCUUAACGUCACAGGGACACUGGAUGCUGAAACCCUGGAGAUGAUGAAAAAACCCCGCUGUGGUGUUCCAGAUGAAAAAGUAGCUCGUUUUUCUACCUUUGGAGACAAACCCAAAUGGAACAAAAGGAGCCUCACCUACAGGAUACAGAACUACACACCUGACAUGUCUCAGGAAGAGGUGGAUAAUUCCAUUGAGAAAGCUCUGCAGGUGUGGGCCAAAGUCACUCCUCUGAAGUUUACAAAGAUGAACAGCGGCACGGCUGACAUCAUGAUCUCUUUUGGUCAGCGGGCUCAUGGGGAUUAUUACCCUUUCGAUGGACCUGCUGGUACUCUUGCACAUGCAUUUGCACCUUCCCAGGGCAUUGGAGGAGAUGCUCAUUUUGAUGACGAUGAAAAAUUUAUAUUUCGUUCAGGAAAAGGCUACGUCCUGUUUCUUGUUGCUGCUCAUGAGUUCGGCCACUCUCUGGGCUUGGAUCACUCUCAGGAUCGAGGUGCUCUCAUGUAUCCCGUGUACUCGUACAGAAACCCCGACACGUUUGUUCUGUCACAGGACGAUGUUAAAGGCAUCCAGUCGCUCUAUGGUUGACAGAUGAGCUCCA